AGGGCUGCAGACUACCACAUAUCUCCUCCCAUACAUGUGGAGUCGCCAGCCACUUUUCACCUGACAGUGACGAGUUUCCCCAGGGGGACGUAGCGCGUGGGAGGAUCAUGCUAUUCCCCCCAGUUCCCCCUCCCCCCUGAACAGGUGCUCCUGAACAGGCGCUAAUGCAGCGACCAGGACACAUACCCACACCCGGCUUCCCACCCGCAGACACUGCAAUUGUGACUGUAGGGAUACUCGACCAAGCCGGAGGUAAAACGAGGAUUCGAACUGGCAAGCCCCGUGUUGGUAGGCAACAUAAGAGACCCACUACCCAGACGCCCCCACAGUUAAGUUUUAAAAAUAUUGCCACUAAAUAACCCGCUCACAUCAGUAAUAACUGAUGCCCCCUCCGUGGACUCAGGUCGGCCUACUGACCCGCAGGCUGUGUCUGUACCGAGGCAGCAUAUCAGACAAAACAGGCUUGGUGCUCUGGGUGCUGUAAAGGGGGUAGUGGGCUGUCAUGCAGUACUCUGUGAGGGGUAUCUCUGGCAGUAGUAUCCUUGCCAGUUGGCUUGUGUUGAACACUUGCAGAACACUGAUUUUUUUUUUUUAUAAAUUUAUUUUUGAUUUUUCCCUUUUUUCUCCCAAUUUAGUGGCCAAUCGAUCCCUAUUUUAAUUCAAACACCCACCCUCGUACUGCAUGCGUUCGCCAACUGCAUCUGUCCGAGGGCCGGCAGUCUGGAAGGAGAGCGCCUCCCCACUUUGGUGACAAGGCGACUCCAGGCCGAAGCACUGUUUUUUCCGACACACACAGAGACGCAUUGACGUGACGAACACAAGCCGACUCCGCCCCCUCCUCCCGAAGACAGCGUUGCCAAUGAUCGCUGCUUCGUCGAGUCCGGCCAUAGUCGGAUCUGACGAGACCGGGGCGCGAACCCCAGUCCCCAGUGGGCAACUGCAUCGACACCAAGCCGAUGCUUAGACCGCUACACCACCACGGACCGACAGAACACUGAUUUUGACGUGCAGCUCUGGGCAGCUUGAUGCAAAACCUGACAAUGAACAACCACUCACCACCUCAACAAGACAGAAGAUGGACACAGAGGGUAAACAUCAGAAGGCUUAUCGAGGAGCUUCAGAAACGUCAAAUGAAUGUUGUGAACAUUCCAGAAGAGGAUUCUCCUAUACUUCCUUGUGCAAGCCAAACCGUGGUGGAUGCUGCGAUCAGCCAAGAACAGACAGACAGUGAUCAGACAACGGACAGUGAUCAGACAAGCGAUCAAGACCAGAGUUCAGACUCUAGCACCAAAGCAAAUCCAAAAGAAGCGACAGGCUGGAAAAACCCAACACGUGCUAACAUGGCAAAGAUGGGGUUGUACCAAAAGCAUGAUCUGGACCAUCCCUUGCUGAAAGAAUUCAUGGACUACCUGAAAACUGAGCUCUCCUUUGAAAACUGCAAACAAGAGGUUGAAAACGUGGCAAGGAUGCUCUACUUUUUUGAUGCGAGCCAACCAUCGUUGGAAUUUGUUCGAGAUAGGCUGAAGACGAACAACUAUUUCCGCCUGCUAAAAGAAGCCGGACAGACACACCAAACAAGAAAUAACUAUGUCAAGGCUAUGAAAAGAUUUAUUGAUUAUCACACAGUCAAUACAAAUCUUUAUAAAACCGACCCAGAACUCCAUCAACAAGCUAAGCUGUAUGUGGAGUUUCUACAGAAAAAAAUGAAAGAAUUCGCCAAAGGAAUUGGCAUUGAAAGGGUUUCCAUCAGGUCCGGAUAUAUACGUGAUGGGUUAAGAACACCGGAGGACUGCUGGCGUGUCUUAGAGGUCGCUAAACCCGACUUCCUCGUGACAGUUGGGAAAGUGAUUGCUGCAAAAGGGUAUACAGACGAUCUCUCGCAGAGUGAAUGCACAACUGUGCAAAGGUACCUAAUCGCCCUGAUCAUACUGAAGCAUCUGCAAAGGCCUGGGGUGGUUACAGGAAUGACGGUCGGCGAAUGGCAUAAGCGGGUUAAGAAAGGCUCCGGUGGUACCGUGGUUCUCGUCAAGAAGCACAAGACGGCAGCCCAACAGCCAGCAGCCUUUGUCUUGGAUCAAGAGCAAGAAGCCUGGUUUGAAGCCUACUACGAGUGUGUCAGAGAACACAUGAAGCAAGGUUGCAGAGGAGAUGGCCAGAAGGCACCUAAACGGCGAAAGAUGGAACAGAGGGCAACUGAUGGUGAGAAAGUGGUCGAAAAUGCUGAGGAACCGUUCUUCCUGAAUCUGGCUGGCUCGCGAAUCAAGAAUCCCUCCCUGCAUCUCAGUCGGCUGCAUACCAAAUACAAACUCCCAGAUGUGAACAGCGAUGAGGUUCGGAAAGUCUUCGAGACAGCAACAGUCUCUGAGUGUUUUGAAGCAGGGGACAAAAAACUCUUCAGCAACUACCUGAGUCAUACUGUGGCAACUGCAGAGGGUCAUUAUCAGAUGAAACAGAUAUCUGAUUUGAUCAAGGCCACAGAACUCAUCAAGCGUCUUGGAUCAAGUGAAAGACCUUCUGACAGACCCUCCACGUCCAGCGAGGUACCCUCACCCUCUGAGGAACAGAGUGAAGACAGCAGUGGCUCAACAGCGACACUCAAACCAUCGGCAAAUAAAAAGAUGACAGACCAGAUUCUGUUUGAUCGUUUCCAGACAGAAUUCCCCGUGACAGUCGAUGAUCUUGCACCAACUCGAGAGAAACGCCUCAACUUCCUUUCUACUCUGAGUGUUGAAGAAGACAGAGAGAGCAUGCUCUACAACCGUUGGGUGAAAAAGCAACGGAAACUCCGCCAAGAUUACACCUUGGAACACAUGAGCCAACGCCAUUGCCCCUCCAAGAAACGGAUUGAGAGGUUUUUCCUGCAGCAGGGUUGGAAACAUGCGCUGCCAAACAUCGACCAGAUCACCCAGUCGUGGAAACCAGCCGAAGAUCCGCUGUCUUCUCCCAGAAUCAGGCGUCUUGUCAGUAGCCAACGAUGGAAGGGUUUGGAGAUCAAGAGCAUUCCUGAUAAGGGAAGAGGGGUAUUCACAAGGCGUGCAUUCAAGAUGGGCGAGGUAGUGUGCGACUACCAUGGUGACCUUCUCACCGCAGCUCAAGGUCAGGCUGUUCAUGAGAGCACCAUUGGAGAGGAGACGGGCUACAUGUACUUUUUUCUAAACGAAGACGGAGAGAAAAUGUGCAUUGAUGCACAUCAGAAGUGUCAAUGUCACCCAGAUAUGGACGUAAAAGGCAGGCUUAUUAACCACUCAAGAAAGCCAAACCUCAAGCCUCUUUCUAAGAGGCUUGACUUGGAUGGGGAUAAGAGAGAUUAUAUCCUCUUUGUCGCAAAGCAGGACAUCAGCGAAGGGGAAGAACUUACCUUUGAUUAUGGUGUAAAUAAGUUCCAGUUUGGUGGUGAGGCCAGAGACCUUGACUGGCUCUGA